CAGUAUUCAUUUCCCAAAGAGAAAAAACACACACGACGGAACUCACUCUUAUCUCAGUUAUCUGUCUAUCUCUGGCUUUGCCGUGGCGCAGGCAGGAGUCGGAACCGUUUGGUAAACUUUGGGCCUAGUUGCGAUUGGCUUCUCAAGUGGUUGGGGGGAAUGAGCUGCGCCUUUAGUCUACUUGAGUCAUGCCACCUCCCUUGUUCCAGAUAUCUUUCAACAACCUUCCGCUUCUCAAGAGGUUGGUACCAGAUGCAGAGGCCUAUAAAGCACAAGACCUUGUGCUUGUGUAGAAACAUGCAGACUUUCGCUUGCGAGCUCGUCAAAGCAAGCUAUGUACCCACUCCCCAAACUAAACCCAAGGAUCAAUCAUUGGCAAAAGUAGAAACUAUUGGUGCAUUUCAGAAGCUGCCAAUGGUGAUGCCAUCAGUUGAUAUUUUCCAAUCUGCUUCGAGGAAGGCGAAAAGGGUCUUGCCUACAAAAGGCAUUGCAAAUGUAGCAAAGAGAGAACGAAAUAGAGGUGCAAAGCAACUCGAUGCACUGAUGAAAGAAUUGGCAGUUCCACUGAGAGGGUACAUAGAGAAUUUCCCCAAAAGAAUCUAUUUGCAUCCUUAUGAGCGAUCUCUUAUUGAGUUGACAUUUGGGGCUGGAAAUUAUGAAGAGGUUCUGAAAAAGGUAGAUGCUCUUAGGAAGAAGGUGGUAUCUGUUGGAAAGGAACAUGCUUCUCUUUGUGCCAAGUCUUUAUCAAAGAAGGAAGCAGAGGAACGAUUGACUGAGGGUUUGGAGAAACUUCAAGAAAUCUUCAAGUGUGAAGGACAGGCUAUUGAUGAUUUAUUGUAUAUUGCAAAGACUUUGAGAGCCAUGCCAGUUGUGGAUCUAGAAAUGCCAACUCUGUGUCUUGUUGGAGCACCAAAUGUGGGGAAGUCAUCAUUGGUCCGUCUACUUUCAACAGGAAAGCCUGAGGUGUGCAACUAUCCUUUUACAACAAGAGGAAUUCUCAUGGGUCAUAUUACUCUAGACUACCAGCAUUUUCAGGUGACCGACACCCCAGGCUUGUUGAAGAGAUGUGAUGAAGACAGGAAUAAUUUGGAAAAGUUAACACUUGCUGUGCUCUCACAUUUGCCAACAGCAAUUCUUUAUGUUCAUGAUUUAUCAGGACAGUGUGGUAUGUCACCGUCUGAUCAGUUCAUGAUAUACAAAGAGAUUAGUGAAAGGUUUGGGAAUCACCUAUGGCUUGAUGUUAUCUCAAAAUGUGAUCUGUUGAAAGAAUCUCCUGUAGUCUUCAUAACGGAAGAUAGGGAAGUCGAUCAUCUUGAAUUGGUUAAGUAUCGAAAAAUAGGCCCUGAAGGUGCACUCCAUGUAUCAGUAAAAAAUGAAGAUGGAAUCGAUAAGCUGAAGAAGAAGGUGCAUGAGUUGUUGAUGGCUCAGAUGGAGAGGAUCAAAAGUAAAAGGAUCCAAGAUAACAUAGAAGUUGCAUAGAUAAAAGAGUUACGUCCAUAUCUCCACCCCACUGAUGUGUUGCACAGGUUGAUAUGUUGUAAUCAAUUUUGGGAUUCCGAAUAGUUUGGUUAUUAUGACAUUGUGAAGAGUGCAAAAUGAGUAGAAUCCACAAGUUUGAUGGUCAAAACUGUAAAGGUCAGAACUAGGGAAUUAUAUGGGUCCACUCCAUAAAUGUGUUGCAUAUGGUGAAGUUUUGAAAUCUGAUUCUGAUGGCAAAUGGUUGGUUAUUAUGUGAUCGUGACAUGCUGGAUGGUCCAAUUGUUGCCCAUCAUUUCUUUUCUUUUUCGGGGUACAAACCAUUCCAUUUGCUACCAGUAACCUUACAAGGCCACCAAAUCUCGGGUCUCUUACCCUUGAUUAAACAGGAAGAAAAAAAGCUAAUUAUAACUCAUCAUUUAAAACAGCAAGAGUUACUCCAAUCUCUUGCGAAGGGCUUCAUGUAGCCCAGUGGUUUAUUAGAAUUUUAAGAAUUGGAUCAAUGAUAAGAUUAUUGGUUUAAUUGAUUUGGAUAAUUUGAUUAAAGAAAUUAUUAAUAAAAUUAUAUAUUGAAAAUUAGUUCAACUUUUAAUUUAAUCAAAUUUUUAAUUUGAAUCAAUUAAUAUUAAUUUGUGACUCAAUCUAUUUAAUUUUUUAAAAAAAUCGAAAUAUCUAUUGAUUUUUUAUCCAACCAGUGAAUUCAACAUUAUCAAUGCUAUGAUAAUAAAUUAAAUAAUAUUUAUGAAAUUGUGUAAUGUUUGUGUAGUUGAAGGUUAAUACUCAGGCAGGAAUACCAAGGGUGGGUUUAGAUGGGUGAUUGGGUGCGGUGCGUUUAGCUUACUUUUUGUCUCACGCUACAGUAUCACUACAGUAUCUAAUCUCACCGCUACCGCUAUUUUUAUACUAAACUCACUGAUGUGUUGCACAGGUUGAUAAAAGAGUUACGUCCAUAUCUCCACCCCACUGAUGUGUUGCACAGGUUGAUAUGUUGUAAUCAAUUUUGGGAUUCCGAAUAGUUUGGUUAUUAUGACAUUGUGAAGAGUGCAAAAUGAGUAGAAUCCACAAGUUUGAUGGUCAAAACUGUAAAGGUCAGAACUAGGGAAUUAUAUGGGUCCACUCCAUAAAUGUGUUGCAUAUGGUGAAGUUUUGAAAUCUGAUUCUGAUGGCAAAUGGUUGGUUAUUA